AACGGAAGCCAUCUUUCUUGUUCGUCUGAUACUCACAUAAUUUGACCAAAAAUCGCGUGAAUCCGUGAAUUCAUCCAUGUCUGCGCACCAUACACGCGGAUCCUUUUUUCCCCUGAACCCAGUUCUCCCCUAGUUAUUUCCGUCGGAUUGUCGGUUACCCGAUUACACCUCUUCACUUCAAAAGCAUAGCAAUCAUCGAUUGCUGUAUUUGAUAGAACUAGUUUCAUAUCUCUAAAUCGCACUUCCGAAUAGAGGUAUCAUGUUGCUAUAUCUACAUGGGUCUCUUGAAUUUGGUCUUUCUUUGUUUUCGAUAGUUCGGAUUACAUGAAUUUCUCUUAUUUCCUGUUCACAUCUUCUCAUAAGGUGUUCAAUUCUGAUUUCCUUUGCAUGAUUUGCGAUCUGGGUUCUUGGUAUAAUCUUUGAACUACUUCUGUUUAAGCUCUUACACAGCAACUUGUUUCUCAACUGGCUGAUGAGAAGUGACCUUAUUUGAGUUUUAGACAUUCUGAUGCAUGUAUUUGUUGAGAAUCAAGGAUUUUGUUCUGAGAUCUUAGUUGGAGUCACUGUUGAUAAGGGAGAUAGAUGAAUUGUUGGAUUAACUGCACAAACAGAGGUGGAGCAAGCUAACGAAGACAAAGAUCAAACGCAUACAUUGUUCAUUUUAAGGGUUAUUUGAUAUUAUUGAGUUACUGGCCUCAGCAGUACUUCAAUAAGCAUGGCUUCAGGUACUGAUUUCUCAUUUUCGUUUAGCACUUUAGAGGGGAUUCGGAACCAAGACAAUGAAAAUGAAGAUGAGAAUAAUCCGAAGCAAAUGAAAAAUGGGAAUCCUCCUCAAUCACUCCCCAUUUUACAGGAUUGCAUGAGCUCUGUUACUACUGCCUCUACUACGGAGAUGGAUGAUCACUCCCCAACUGAUGUCAAGUUAACUUCAGAUGAAACUUUGGACUUCCCACCUGUAUUUCGCUCUGGGAGUUGUGCUGAGAAGGGAUCCAAGAUGUUCAUGGAGGAUGAACAUAUAUGCAUAGACAAUCUUCAUCAGCAUUUGGGUACAGCUAUAGAUUUGCCAUCUUCAGGGACCUUCUACGGUAUUUUUGAUGGUCAUGGUGGGACUGAAGCAGCCGUAUUUGUUAGGGAGAACAUCUUGAGGUUCAUUGUGGAGGACUCUGAUUUUCCUGUUUGCAUGGAAAAAGCAAUUAGGAAUGCUUUUAUCAAUGCUGAUUAUGCAUUUGCAGAUGAUAGUUCCGUCGAUAUAUCUUCAGGCACCACUGCUUUAACGGCUCUCAUCUUCGGAAGAAGAGUAUUGGUGGCAAAUGCUGGUGAUUGUCGGGCAGUGCUAAGUAAGCUAGGAAAAGCGAUAGAGUUAUCGAAAGACCACAAACCAAAUUGCCCAACCGAAAGACAAAGAAUUGAACUACUAGGAGGUGUUGUAUACGGCGGUUACCUAAAUGGGCAGUUAUCAGUUUCACGAGCAAUUGGAGAUUGGCACAUGAAAGGCACGAAAGGUUCGGCUUGUCCAUUGAGUGCUGAGCCAGAGAUACUUGAAACAAUACUGACUGAUGAAGACGAGUUCUUGAUAUUGGGAUGCGACGGUUUAUGGGAUGUGAUGAGUAGUCAGGAUUCUGUUACGAUUUCGAGGAAAGAGUUGAUGCUGCAUAAUGACCCUGAAAGAUGUGCCCGGGAAUUGGUAAGGGAGGCGCUCAAGAGAAACGCGUGCGAUAAUUUGACCGUUGUGGUGGUUUGUUUCUUGACCGAACCUCCUGAGGCUUGUAUAGAAACGCCACAAUCUAGAGACGUGGUAAGUGAAGGAGGUUUCGGUUUGUUAAAGGUUUCGAGAUAUAGUUACUAGUUUUUUUGUUUUGUUUUGUUUUUACAUUAUGGGAUGAUUAUGCACUAGAACUUACUUAAUUAACUUUCUAUGAACUUAUGCAUUUUAUUAUAUUAAUUUAGUUUUUUUAUUUUAUUUUUGU